AUGGAAUAUGAUUCGUUGAAAGAAAAUGAAAAGAAACAAUGGAUUGAAGAAAGAAAGGAGCAGGUUUUGAGAUGCAUGGGUGAACUUCGUAAAUACUUUCAUCAAGAUUACCGGGAAGUUUAUAAAUGUGGCGUGUUCAACCCUAAUGCCAAAC